AUGUCUUCGGUAACUACCAACAGACCUACAGGCGCCAUGACGACUGCUUCACGGCCAACACGCUUCCCAGAAUUCGGCGCCGCCCCCGGCAGACACAAUAGCGAAUCCUCCCAAUCGUCUACCCUCGGACAAAAGUUCGGAAAUGGUGCUGCUUGGCAGCCCUCGGGGGGCAUCUGGAGCAGUAAUCCCAUCGGUAGUGGAUACGCGCACACCAAGAAGGACACUUCCAGAUCCACGGGUAGGUGGGCAGUGGGCGAUAAGGCUCUAGCGGUCACUGAUGACAGAACAGCGGGCAAUGAUGGCUUCUCAGACGCUCUCAGUGGCUCCAAGGCCCUCGCGGAACAAUCUGAAGCCGAUCCCUGGGAUGUGCGUACCAAUGGGCCGUGGAAUCACCACCCGGACACAACCUCACCAACGAUGCAGUCCAACAGUGGAAGCACAUCCCCUUCCCACACCCGGAACAGCAUCCCCAACGUUCCGACUCAGGCUCCCCACGAGAUUCACAACCCGUACCAACAAUCGCGGCCACCCAUUGGCCAAGGACCAAGUUUCAGAUCGCAGACGAAGAGCAGUUUGAAUCCUUCAUCCGGAAGUUUCAAUUUUGUACAAAAGCCGAAGCCGUCGUUCUCCUACAACGACGACAAGGAGAACUCCUACCAGUACGGCAACGAUGUAUACGAUGACGAGAUCCCCUCCAGAUACCUUGCAGUCGGUAGUGUUUCUAGAGAUUCCAGCAUACCACCUUUAAGGACUGUGGAAUCCGGUCACAACGGCGCUAGCGUCUCAUACGCGAGCGGCAACCUCCCGUUUGGUUCCACUGUCCAUCACACUCCCAAAAGUUCCAUCCAUUCGCAGCGUCCUUCGACUUCUGGACCCGUUGGCUCCUACAAUUCGCAAUCCAAUGGCCUGAGGUAUGAGCUUGCUCAGAGUGAAGCAGAUUUGAGUGAGAAAUUUGCUGGGUUUUCGGUGAUCCGAGAGGCGGAAGGUUAUGCAUCGCAGGUCAACAACGGCAACGCUUACCCUCCGAAUAACCCCACUCUCCCGCAAAAUCACUCAUUUACCCAAGGCUCGCCCCCGUGGGGUGACGGACAUGGAACUAAGCUGUCAAUCAGCUAUGACACUUACUCGGCACAGCCAUUCGCUGAACAAGCGACGUUCCUCGUUAAUAAAGGCGGCCGCUUCACAGAGAAGGGAUCUGUUUUAUCAGCCGGGAGCGAGCAUCGUCGAGGUUUGAGUAGUCCCAAAUACUACUCUGCGGCCGGGACCCCGCCUUCAGGACAAGAUCAGGUCUACCGACCAAACUCACGGGGCGCUCGUGCUCCGCAAGGCCCUGCUGAAUUGAGCAGGAAGCUUCAGGAUAUCCACAUCCAGCAGCAAGCACAUGCAUACGCCCACUACAUGUACAAUGCCCAAUAUGGCCAUUUCCUCGGGAAUCCCUAUGACGGCUUCACACCAAGCUACAGACCUACGAAUGUUCCGUAUGGGUACCCGUUGCCAAUGCCAGCCUAUCCUUCAGGCCCGGCAAUCCCAACUUGCCCAGCUAAAGAUCAGGAUAUUGGUGCAGGUGUGAGAAGCGUGCUGCUAGAAGAGUUUCGGUCGAAUUCGAAGGCCAACAAGAAGUACGAACUCAGAGACAUCUAUAACCACGUUGUAGAAUUCAGUGGCGACCAGCAUGGCUCCCGGUUCAUCCAAAACAGACUCGAGACGGCCAACAGCGACGAGAAGGAACAACUUUUUCGGGAGAUCCAGCCUAAUGCUCUUCAGCUCAUGACGGACGUCUUUGGGAAUUAUGUGAUACAGAAGUUAUUUGAACAUGGUAACCAGGUCCAGAAGCGGGUACUUGCCGAACAGAUGAAGAACCAUGUCCUGGAGCUAUCUUUGCAAAUGUACGGAUGCAGAGUCGUGCAGAAGGCUUUGGAACAUGUCCUUGCCGAUCAGCAAGCCGAGCUUGCCCAGGAACUUCGAGCGGAUGUUCUCAAGUGCGUCAAGGACCAGAAUGGCAACCAUGUUGUCCAGAAGGCCAUCGAGCGCGUCCCAACCGAGCACGUCCGAUUCAUUAUCGAAGCCUUCAGGGGCCAGGUACACACCCUCGCUGUUCACCCGUACGGCUGCCGAGUGAUUCAACGAAUUCUGGAGUAUUGCAAACCGCAUGAGCAAGUCGGCAUCCUGGAAGAGCUUCAUCAAUGCACAGCUAUGCUCAUCACAGACCAGUACGGGAACUAUGUCACCCAACAUGUCAUCGAGCACGGCCAACCAGAAGACCAAGCCAAAGUUAUCCGGAUUGUCACUUCUCAGCUGCUGGAACUUUCUAAGCACAAGUUCGCCUCGAACGUGGUUGAAAAAUGCAUCGAGUUCGGUACACACGAGCAGAGGCGAGCAAUCGUGAAUACCGUCAACCAUGUACACAGUAACGGUAUCAGUCCCUUGCAGCUCAUGAUCAAAGACCCGUACGGCAAUUACGUGAUUCAAAGAAUCAUCGGUCAACUCAACGGUGCAGAGCGCGAUGGCUUUGUAAAUGCAAUGAAGCCCCAACUCACUCAACUCAAGAAGUAUACCUCCGGCAAGCAAAUUGCAGCUCUUGAGAAGCUUAUCUACACUCCUCCUCGUCAACCCCACUUCCCUGCGUCGAUCUCUCCGACCACCCAGCCACUGCCCAUCGACAUUAACUCCAUCGCCGCAACUCCGAUGCUCACCAACGGACAAAACAGUCCCCAGAGCACCAACGUCAGCACCAACGUCAGCACCGUUGAUGACUCCACCGAGGGAACAGGUCCGCCGGUCAAGCUAGAUGGCCCUAUCAAGCUUGAGGGGCUGCCUUCUCCCGAAGUCGUCCUCAACGAACUGUAA